AUGGCUACCACGACAGAAACGACGACGGUCACCGUGACGCCGUCGCAGACCGAAGACCUUGCCACUCGCCUAUUUAACGGCGCCCUUCAUGCCGGGUAUCCUCCGAUCGAACAAUUUAUGACACUUGAUGGGCUUCUCAAGGAUCAUGCUGCGCAGCCAGAUCAAGCGAAGAGACCAUUGGUUAGCUAUCCGGUGCGAAAAGCAGACGACUUUGAGGAACACACGGCAGGGGAUCUGGACAAGUAUACCGAUCUCGCGGCUCGCUAUUAUAUUGAGAAAGGGCUCCCACCUGCGGAUCCGAGUCUCGAGAAAGCGCCAGUGGUUGCUUUGCUUGCUGGCUCCAGCUUCGAGGUCAUUUUGACCUUUUUCGCAUUGAAUCGCCUGGGAUAUGCUGUUCUCUUUCUGUCGACUCGACUUACAGCCCCGGCUUAUGCUCGGCUAUUGAGCAUGGUAGAGUGCAGUCAAAUGAUCAUCGCCAAGCAAUAUAAUCAGACCGUGUUGGACAUUUGCACCGAACGCCCUGGCUGUACCAGCUUUCCUAUCUUGCAGCGAGAUGACUGGUUCAACCGUCCUGCCGUUCUUCCUCGGUUCCAGCGCCCAAAUAUGGAACCAAUGCGCGAAAGCAAGAAGAUGGCCUGGAUCUUGCAUUCAUCUGGAAGCACGGGCUUUCCGAAACCUAUUUUCCUAACCAAUUACCAGUGUCUGGCCAAUUUCCGGAAGAGCUUCGGCCUGCGUCUGUUCAAUAUCAGUCCCUUAUUUCAUUCACAUGCCCUGAUGGAGCUUGGCCGAGCUUUCUAUACGAGGGCAUCAGCAUACCUUGGAAACCACUCUCUCGCCAUCACUUAUCAGAACCUGGUCGACGCUUUGAAGGUGGCCAAGCCGCAGCAAAUCAGCGCGGUACCCUAUGUCAUCAAACUUCUGGCAGAAAGGCAGGAAGGUAUCAAAGCUCUGGCUAGUCCUCAGUUGGUACUGUACGGUGGUUCGAGUUGCCCGGAUGAUCUCGGAGAUCGGCUAGUAGCACAAGGUGUCAACCUCGUUGCCAACUAUGGUGCAACAGAGACUGGCCAGAUUAUGACUUCUUUCCGAUCCGACGGUGAUACCGAAUGGCAGUAUAUGCGCCUGCAUCGGCCUGUCGCUGAUUAUACUCUGAUGGAUGAAAUAUCGCCUGGUGUCUUUGAGUGCGUUGCUUUAGAUGGAUUGCCAAGCAAAGGACCCUCCAACUCGAAGCCCCCGUUCAGUGAAAAGAACCCAGAAAACAGUUUCCGAACUGCGGAUCUUUUCGCACGCCAUCCAGAUCCUAAGAAAAGCAAUUACUAUAAGUACAUCUCUCGACUGGAUGACCGAAUUACCCUCGUGAAUGGUGAAAAGGUCCUUCCGAUUCCAAUUGAGGGCCGUGUUCGAGAGGAGGAGUUUGUGGGAGAGUGUGUCGUGUUUGGAUACCAGCGAACCGUACCAGGAGCUUUGAUCUUCCGUGCCCCUGGAAAGGCAACCCAUUUGAGUAAUGACGAAUUCUUGGAAACCAUCUGGCCAGCGGUGGAGGCGGCAAAUGCUCGUGCGGAGACGUUCUCGCGGAUUCCGAAAGAGCUAGUCGUCAUCAAGGGGGCGGAUGUGACAUAUGCAAGAACGGACAAAGGAACAUGCAUCCGCGCUCAAGUCUAUCAGCAAUUUGAGGAGGACAUUCAGCGAGCUUAUGCAGGAUUUGAAGGCAGUGGACAGAAGAAGGGAACUCUUGCACUUAGCACCUCUGAAUUGGAAACCUGGCUCCUAUCCAGAUUCAAGGACGACUUGGAUGUAUCUCUUGAAGGUCCUGACACUGACAUAUUCUCUGCUGGUAUUGACAGCUUGCAAACCACACGGAUAUGGAGAUGUAUUGUCCGUGACCUCGACCUUGGAGAUCAGGGUGAUUCUUUGUCUCAAAACAUUGUUUUCGAGAAGGGAACCAUCGGCGCUCUUGCGAGGCACUUGUUCAAGUUGAGGACAGGUCAAGAGUUUGAAGAGGAAGAUGAGAUGCAAAUCAUGCGUGAAAUGAUCGACCGGUAUUCCUCUUUUACUCACCAUACCCCGAUCAUCCAACACCAGCCAAGUACAGAAGUUGUCGUAGUUACAGGUGGAACCGGGAAUCUAGGUGUCUUCAUCAUUGCCGAACUGCUCAAGCGACCUACUGUCUCUGAGGUAUGGGUACUUGUACGUGCACCGGGCCAAGCAGCUGCAGGUGCUCGUCUCUGGAAAGCGUUGGCCGAACGCAAAGUUUCGCUCACGGAUUCGGAAGCUGCAAAACUUCGUGCCGUGCCCAGUGACCUUUCCCAAGCGAACCUUGGUCUGGACGGCUUUGUCAUUGAACACCUGCUAUCAUCUGCAACAAGUAUCAUCCACAGUGCGUGGGCCGUCAAUUUCAAUCUCGGUGUGCGAUCCUUUGAGCAACAGCACAUCCGCGGCACGUACAACCUCAUCAACUUCUGUUUGCGCUCGAAGCUUCCAGUUCCUGCUCGAUUCUUCUUUUGCUCCAGCGUCAGUGCCGCGAGCAAUACCCCCAAGCCAGCAUCCAUUCGUGAGGCCAUGAUCGAAGAUCUUUCGCAUGCGCAGAGUAUGGGAUACGGAAGAUCAAAGCUCGUCACCGAGCAUAUAACGCAUAACGCUAUGCGCCAAACUGGCAUGCAUGCUAGGGUCUUGAGAAUUGGUCAAUUGGGUGGCGAUACUAGGAACGCUCAAUGGAAUGAUACGGAAGCUGUGGCUCUCAUGUUCCGCAGCGCACUGACAACUGGUGCACUCCCUGAAUUGAAUGAGAGACCAACUUGGCUCCCUGUUGACCAAUGCGCCCAAGCAAUCACAGAAAUUGCCCUUGAUGCCUCCAGUCUUCCUUCAGAGAGUGACUUGGUCUAUCACUUGGUCAACCCACACGCAUUCAGCUGGAAGGAUGAUUUGCUUCCGGCUUUGAAGCAAGGCUCUGGUUUACCACAGUUUGAGGUUGUGUCACCACAAGAGUGGCUCCAGAGGUUAAUAAAUAGUGAUCAGGAUCCAGAAAUAAAUCCAAGCAUUAAGCUUUUGGACUUCUGGAAGUCUAAGUAUGGUGGUGAUGAUCCCCAAGCACCGAUUGGAGGUCUUUCAUUUGAGACAAAAUGCACUACACGAGACUGUCCAUCUCUGGCUCUUGUGAAAGAUCCAGUGACUGAUGGUCUAAUAAAGAGGUAUAUCGCCUCUUGGAUGAAGAAGUGGACAAGUCAAUAG